AACCCAUUGUACGAGCAAUAUGUUCAAGUUCGUGAUUUUGUUGUCUGUUGUUGCCUGCGCCUUCGGUGCUGCGAUCCCUGAGGGUCUCCUGCCCCAGUUGGAUGGACGCAUUGUUGGCGGCACUCCCACCACCAUCGGCAGCUUCCCCUGGCAAAUCUCCCUCCAGCGUAAUGGCGGUCACUCCUGCGGUGGUUCGGUCUACAACUCCAAGAUCAUCGUGACUGCUGCUCACUGUCUGCAGUCCGUGUCCGCCUCCAGCUUGAAGGUGCGUGCCGGUUCCACCUACUGGAACUCCGGUGGCUCUCUCAUCCAGGUCGCCGCUUUCCGCAACCACGAGGGUUACAACGCCAACACCAUGGUCAACGAUAUCGCUGUCAUCCGUCUUAGCUCUGCCCUGUCCUUCAGCUCCAACAUCAAGGCUAUCGGUCUGGCCAGCUCUGCUCCCGGUAACGGCGCUUCCGCUUCCGUCUCUGGCUGGGGUACCCAGUCUUCUGGCUCCAGCUCCAUCCCCAGUCAGCUGCAGUACGUCAAUGUGAACAUUGUCAGCCAGUCCGUGUGCGCCUCCUCUGCCUACAGCUAUGGUAGCCAGAUCAAGAGCACCAUGAUCUGCGCCGCUGCCUCCGGUAAGGAUGCCUGCCAGGGUGACUCUGGUGGCCCAUUGGUUUCUGGUGGUGUUCUCGUCGGUGUUGUCUCCUGGGGUAUUGGCUGUGCCUACAGCAACUAUCCCGGUGUCUACGCCGAUGUCGCUGUCCUCCGCUCCUGGGUGGUCAACGCUGCCAACUCGGUCUAAGAACAUAUUGAAAUAAAAAAUGCUGUGAAAAACCA